CACGUCACCAAGCUUCAGGAACUUCAGAUCCAUUUCUCUGUACUUCUUUCUGGGUUGACCAGGACUUUAAAAACACAGAACUCAUAAAGUGCUCCUGUGAAGCUGUUAACAUGGCAACGAACACUAACUCCUCUUCGAAAUAUGAGGAUAUAAUUUCCAAAAGUGUUCUGAUCCAAUCAGGAUCUCCUGCUGUCUACCAGCUGAUACCAAAGAAAGAGAAUAUUGGAUCUCUGACAAGAAUGACUCUUGGUGAAAAAGAUCCAAACAAGAUAAACAAAACCAUCUUACUUGUUGGUGAAACAGGAACAGGAAAAUCUACUCUGAUCAACGCUCUGGUCAACUACGCCAUGGGAGUGGAGUGGGAGGAUGAUGUCUGGUUUCAGAUCGUAGAGGAGGAGAAGAGAAGUCAAUCAGAAAGUCAGACAUCAGAUGUGAUCGUGUACCAGAUCUUUGGUUUUGAAGAUAAAACUCUGCCCUACUCUCUGACCAUCAUUGAUACUCCUGGAUACGGAAACACUGCUGGGAUCGAAAAAGAUGUCCUCAUCAGUCAGAGAUUAUUAGACUUGUUCCGCUCAGAGGAUGGAGUUCAUGAGAUUAAUGCAGUGGGUCUGGUGAUGACAGCCAGUGAAAAUCGACUGACUGACCCUCUGAGGUACAUCUUUGAUUCAGUGAUCUCUCUGUUUGGUAAAGACAUAGAGAAAAACAUUGUCGCUCUCAUCACACACUCAAAUGGAAGAACACCUAAAAAUGCUCUACAAGCUCUCGAGGCUGCAAAGAUUAAAUGUGCCAGAAAUGAGAAGAAUCAACCUGUUCACUUCCUGUUUGAUAACUGCCAACAUGAAGACAGGACAGAGGAUGAAGAAGCCCUCAAACAUGCAGAUAAAAUAUCAAUGAAAGGAAUUAAUCAGUUUACAAACUUCCUUGCAAAAACUGCACCUCAAAAGAUGCAGAAAACCGUGGACGUCCUGAACGAGCGAAUCAGACUGACAGCCUGCAUCCAAAACCUGCAAGAGAGAAUUGAGUUGAUUUAUCUAAAGAAAACAGAGAUCCAACAGACUCAGGAUGGUCUGAAGAUGUAUGAACGAGAGAUGAAGAACAAUGAGAAGUUCACUAUAGAAGUUGAUGAGGUCUACAAAGAUAAAGAACCUAUUGAUGGUGGGAAGUGGUUGUUGGUGUUCUAUCAAGCAGCAACCUGCUGUACUGUCUGUGAAGAGACCUGUCACUAUCCAUGCACACUGGCCCCGAUACCAGAAAGCUGUGAUGUCAUGAAAGAUGGCCGCUGCACUUCAUGUACCAAGAAGUGUCCUGUAUCAGAUCAUGUCAAAGAAAACUGGAAGUAUGUGAACAAGACAAGAAAAGUUAAAAAAACUCUAGAAGAUGUGAAAGAGAAGUAUGAAAAGAAUAAAGAAGAAACUAAGAAGCAAAGGAGCCUUUUGGAAACUCUUCAGAAAGAGAAGGAAACCCUUGAAGCAGAUAAAACAUCUUUGCUGGAUGAAGCCUACCAUCAUGUUGUCAAACUGGAGGAGAUCGCCCUGAAUGUGGUUUCUCUGUCUACUUAUGUCCACCUGGACUUCCUGAUUGAGGAGAUGGAGAAGAAACAUGACACAGAGAAGGUCAACCAUCUAAAACAAAUCAAUUUGAAAAGAUGAAGGAUUUCAGGGAGGGGUGCAGUACAUGUAUAGUUCAAUAUCUCAAAUGUU